AAGCCCAUACAGACUCUCCCCACUCACUCACUCACUCACUCACUCACUCACUCACUCACUCACUCACUCACUCACUCACUCACUCACUCUUUUACUCUCUCAUUCCCACAUCUCCAGCCUCCAGCAGCGGAUCUCUCCCGAGUCAUUCAUCUUGCCAAAAAAACUAGCCAUCAUGGUUUCCCAUAAGGAGUUUGUGGAUGCAGGGAAGAAGCCGGGGCUGCAGGUGUGGCGUAUCGAGAACAUGGACCUGAAGCCGGUUCCUAAGGGCCUGCAUGGCAGCUUCUUCACCGGGGACGCCUACGUGCUGCUCUUCACUACGCCAGCUCCUUCAUACAACAUACACAUGUGGCUGGGGGACGAGUGUUCGCAGGAUGAGAGUGGAGCGGCGGCCAUCUUUUCCACGCAGCUGGAUGACUUCCUGGGCGGUGGGCCGGUGCAGUACAGGGAAUUGCAGAACUGCGAAUCUAACACCUUUCUGGGUUACUUCAAGUCAGGAAUCAAGUACCAGAAAGGGGGCGUUGCCUCAGGUUUUCAUCAUGUGGUGACCAAUGACAUGAGCGUGAAGCGCCUGCUGCAUAUCAAGGGUCGGAGGGCCAUCAGAGCAACAGAGGUGGACAUGUCCUGGGCCAGCUUCAACAAGGGAGACUGCUUCAUUAUCGACCUGGGCACGGACGUCUAUCAGUGGUGUGGCAGUGAGUGUAACCGUUUCGAAAGGCUAAAGGCCGCCGAGGUGUGCAUCGGCAUCAGAGAUAAUGAGAGAAACGGCAGAGCCAAAGUGCACAUGGUGGAGGAGGGGGACGAACCGGAAGCAAUCAUACAGACUCUGGGGCCCAAACCCGACAUUGCUCCCAGCACUGUGGAUGAUGAUAAGGUAGACACCUCCAACAGAAAGAAGGCAGCCCUCUACAUGGUGAGUGAUAUCUCCGAUGCCUCUGGCUCGAUAAAGGUGUCAGUCGUGGCUCCGGCCAGUCCCUUCAAACAGGCCAUGUUGUCCCCAGAGGAGUGCUACAUCGUGGACAACGGGGUGGACAACAACAUCUUUGUCUGGAAAGGUCCCAAGGCCAACGCGGCAGAACGUAAAGCAGCCAUGGCAACAGGUCAGCAGUUCAUCAAAGACAAGGGAUACUCCGCCAAGACACAGAUCCAGGUACUUCCUGCAGGAGCUGAGCCGACUAUGUUUAAGCAGUUCUUCAGCGACUGGAGAGACAAAGACCAGACAACCGGCCCCAGUAAGGCUUUCACCAUCGGCCGCAUAGCCAAAGUGGCGCAGGUGCCCUUCGAUGCCUCCACCCUGCACUCCAACAAGGCCAUGGCAGCCCAGCACGGCAUGGUGGAUGAUGGCAAGGGCAAAGUCCAGAUUUGGCGUGUUGAGGGAGAAAUGGUGCCUGUGGAUCCCUCCUCCUACGGUCAGUUCUACGGCGGAGACUGUUACAUCAUCCUCUACAGCUACAGACAGGGAGCCCGCGAGCAACACAUCAUUUACACCUGGCAGGGGCUGAAGUGCACACAGGAUGAACUGGCUGCGUCGGCAUUCCUCACAGUGAAGCUGGAUGACUCAAUGGGAGGCUCCCCAGUUCAGGUGAGAGUGACUCAGGGCCAGGAGCCUCCACACCUGAUGAGCCUGUUCCAGGGCAAACCCAUGAUCAUCCACAUGGGAGGAACGUCACGCAAAGGUGGACAGUUGCAGGCCGCCAGCACUCGCCUCUUCCACAUCCGGCAGAGCUCUGCGCGCGCUACCCGGGCUGUGGAGGUCGAGGUCUCUGCUUCCAAACUGAACACCAACGACGUGUUUGUGCUGAAGACCCCAAAGGCCUUGUUUGUGUGGCGGGGAGUGGGUGCCAGUGAUGAGGAGGUGGGGGCUUCCAAGCAUGUGGUGGACUUCCUGGGUGGCAGUGCCACCCAAGUGUCAGAGGGCAAAGAGUCAGGUGAUUUCUGGACUGCUCUUGGUGGCAAAAAAGAAUAUCAGACCUCCAAGAGUCUGCAGAGCGUGGCCCAUCCCCCACGUCUGUUUGGCUGCUCCAACAAAACUGGAAGACUUAUUGUUGAAGAAGUACCAGGGGACUUCACUCAGUCAGACCUGGCCACUGAUGAUGUCAUGCUCCUGGAUACCUGGGACCAGAUCUUCCUUUGGGUUGGCAACGAAGCUAAUGCAGAGGAAAAGACUGGGGCUCCCAAAUUAGCAAAAGACUAUGUGGACUCCGACCCAUCUGGCCGCAAAGGACUGCCCAUCACCACCAUCAAACAGGGAGCAGAGCCUCCAACUUUCACUGGCUGGUUCCAGGCCUGGGAUUCCAAUAUGUGGGAUGGGUGUCCAUUGGACAAAAUCCGUGCUCGUUUCUGAGCACAAAACUAAAGGCUCUUCCUACCAGUCUGACUCCUUACCUGUCCAGCAACUGCUAUUGCCAUUUUGUUUAUCUUAAUUCCAAUCCCUAAGUGCCAAAACCAAUGUUAUCACUGCUAUCAGGUUGAAGGGCUGCCUCUAUGCCUUGGUCACGGUGCAGCACAUCGGACUUCAUAAAAAGAAUUCAUCACAUCAGUAGUCAGAUGACUUCCUGUAGCAACAUUAUCUUAAUUUGAUAGAAGUGGUUUAUUGAUCUGUUGCAUCCAACGGCUUGUCGCCUUUACGUCUUUAUCUAAGCCCCUCAUACGUUCAGGAAAUAGGAAUAGAAGCCAUUUCACACACAUGGAGAUAUCCUCUGUUUCUCUCUGCUCUCUUUCAGUUCAGAAGACACCAUCAUGCUUUCCUCGCUGCCUGUCUUCAGUCUAUUUUUUUCCAAAAUAGUAUUUUAGACAGAAACUGUUUACUCUAUAACUAUGUGUUGAGUUUUAUCAUUGGGAAUGUGGUACACUUCUUAGAAGUUGCAUGCUGCAUUUUAUUACAUGCAUCAUAUUCUGUGCUUGUGAAUUUUAAAAGGCUUACAGCUGUAUGUACAUGUGCCUGUUGUCUUUAUUACUUGACCCUAAAAUGCUCACAUGGAUGGCUUUUAAAUAAAACUUCCAGUACUUCAAA